AAGAAAUACACACUACAUUAAUUUUAAUGAGCAAAAUAUCUCAAGAGGCAUUCGAGUAUCUUAAUAAACUAAGGCAAAAUCCAAAAUUAGCCAUUCCUAAAUUACAAGAGCAUUUAAAACUCUUUAAGGGAAAUGUCUUAUAAAAACCAGGAGAAAUAGCUUUACAAACAAAUGAAGGUCCUAAAGCUGUUAAUGGUAUUUUUUUUUUGAGAUACAUACUAGAGUGUAUAUCCUUCUUAUAAAACCAGAAGGCUCUUGGUCCUUUGACUUGGAGUAAAGGAUUGGAAUGUGCAGCAAGAGAUCAUGUUAAGGACACAGGACCAAAAGGAGUUACAGGUCAUACAGGAACUGAUGGAUCAUCUAUGAGUGAUAGAAUAGAAAGAUAUGGUGAAUGGGAUGUAACUGUUGGGGAAAACAUCAGUUAUGGAUAAACAACAGGAGAAGAUGGUACUAUUUAAUUAUUAUUUUAGUCAUCAUUUAAUUAAUUAUUGAUGAUGGGGUUUCAUCAAGAGGACACAGAAAAAAUUGUUUUAAAGCAGAAUUUGGUGUUGUUGGAAUUUAUGAUGGAGAACAUAAAUAAUAUAAAACAUAAUGCGUUUUUGAUUUUGCAGGUUCAUUUGAAGAUAAACCAGGGCUUGAUACGAAUGCCCCUUCACAGAAUGUUCAAUAACCAGAACAAUCUUAAAAUAAAUAAAAAGAUGUUCCUGCUGCUUAAGCUUAAACAAAAGAUCCAGAUGAUAAAAUUACUCAAGAUGCUUUUGAUUAUUUAAAUUAUGUUAGAUAAAAUCCAACUUCUCCUAUACCUAAACUAUAAAGCUUAAUGAAAUUAUAUAAGGGAAAUGUGUUACACAAACCUGGGGAAAUACCACUUUAAACCAAUGAAGGUACGAAAGUAAUUUAAGGUAAUAUUUUAAUUUAAUUAUUAGAAUUAAUUGGUUUUCUGUAAAAACAAUAACCCUUACAUCCAUUAACAUAUGAUAAAGGAUUGGAAUAAGCUUGUGCCGACCAUGUUAAAGAUACAGGACCAAAAGGAGUAUGUGGACAUACAGGAACUGAUGGAUCUUCUCUUUAAGAUAGAAUUGAAAGAUAUGGAGAAUGGAAUGGAAAAAUUGGAGAAAAUAUUAGUUAUGGAUAAAAAACAGGAGAAGAUGUUAUCAUAUAAUUACUAAUCGAUGAUGGUGUUGGUUCUAGAGGACAUAGGAAAAAUUGUUUUGGUUAAGAUUUCAGUCUUGUUGGUAUUGCUACGGGUGAUCAUAAAACUUAUUAAACUCAAUGUGUUUUUGACUUUGCCACUGAAUUUACUCCUUAAGGAUAAUAGCCUAAAUAAUAAUCAGGAAAUUAAGGAAAAACAGUUGUAUUAGGAGGAAAAGGAGGAUAUGUAGGAGCCGCUCCUUAAUAAGAAGAAGAAGAGGAUGGUAUAUAUAUCUUAAUAUUUAGAAUAAUUACCUCCUGGAUGUGUUUCCGUUAGUACGUCCUCUGCUGUCAGUAUGAAAGGAGGACAAAAAGUUACAAAAAUUACCAAAACCUAUAAAUUUAAGGAUGGAACUACUAAGACUGCUGUUUAGACCAUCACAGGUUGAUAAUUUUUAUUAAAUAAUUUAAUAUUCAG